AGUGUCAUGGCGAAACUUUUCAAUGUAUUAAAUGUCAGCAUACAUUGCAAGAUAAUCUUCAUUUUGCGCCAGAAUAUAAUUUUGUUUGCGCGCUUUUAAAGCACCUAAAAUCACUCGGUUCCCCACAACGCCUGCAUUGUUACUGGACUACGUUGCCUUGGCGUGGAUCUAGCAUUUCACCUCCUCGUCGCUUCUUUUUCUCGGGAAUUGUUUAUAUUUGGACGUAGUGAGAAUAGAUCAGAAUGUGUGGUGGAUGUUCACACUCGGCUACAACUAAUACAUGCGGCCUAAUAUCAAGGAAGGAUGCUGGAUUUUUCUCAUUGUUAGCGAAAGGAAGGUAAAAAAAAAAACGAUUGCUCUGAGGUAAGAAUUGAAAUUUUUAAUCAGUUUCUCUGCGAAAACAACCGUUCCACAGUAAAGAAAUUUAGUAUCGCUGCGACUUUAUUAUGAUAUGACGCCAGCUUGUGCUUAGAAAUUGUAUGACUCCAUAACUUCGAUUCGCUUUUUCGCAGAUCCGGUAACAUUCGAUAAUUUUUUCUUCGCUUUCUUAAGUGUGAUAUAUUUUUAAGGACGGUGCCUUGUUCAAUGGUUCAUUUCCUUGGCCUCGACGAUUCCCAUGAAUUUUGAGCUGCCAGACAUAGCAAAUGCUCUAGAGCUGAAUAACGCAUUAAAGUCGUAUGUUAUUAACCUCAUGAGAGAAAAAACAUGAUUGUUAUUUCACAUUUUAACAUUUUUACGUUAGAAAACUUGGCCAAAUCAAGAGAAUGAGCUAUAAUGUUGACACACAAACGUAAAGAAUGUUUAAGUGAGAGGUGCUAGAUCGCAACAUGUUCGUGUCCUCCUGUGCUUAUGUAUUUUGCGCGGAAAGCUGGACCUUUUCAAUCCUAACAAAAAUACUCUUGUAGUUUUGAACCGGCUUAAGCCCCAACCCUAAGUUGGACACGAAGCUUUGAUUUUGGGCGCGAGACUCAACAGAGAAGGCUGUGACCAUUUUUUGAAGCGCGAGGCGAUUACAAGCUUUUUUCAAAGUGUCAGUAAGAAAGUACUUCUCCUGUUGCUGGUCUAAAACUAACUUUUUUUUCGAACUGGCGAACGGCGCGUCCCAUACAGUUCCAUGCAACAGUUCCAUACAGUUCGAUGUAACAUAUCCUACUCCUGUUCAUAGACUAAAACCAACUUCUUUGUCGAACUGGCGGACGGCGCGUCCCAUACAGUUCGAUGUAUCAUUUCCUACUCCUGUUCCUAGUUUAAAACUAACUUCCUUUUCGAACUGGCGGACGGCGCGUCCCAUACAGUUCGAUGUAUCAUUUUCUACUCCUGUUCCUAGUUUAAAACUAACUUCCUUUUCGAACUGCCGGACGGCGCGUCCCAUACAGUUCGAUGUAUCAUUUUCUACUCCUGUUCCUAGUUUAAAACUAACUUCCUUUUCGAACUGCCGGACGGCGCGUCCCAUACUUUUCGAUUUAACAUAUCCUACUCCUGUUUCUAGCCUUAAACUAACUUCUCUUUUUCGAACUGGCGGACGGCGCGUCCCAUACAGUUCGAGGUAACAUUUUCUACCCCUUUUCCUAGUUUAAAACUAACUUCUUUUUCGAACUGGCGGACGGCGCGUCCCAUACAGUUCGAUGUAACAUUCUACUCCUGCUCCUAGUAUAAAACUAACUUCUUUUUCGAACUGGCGGACGGCGCGUCCCAUACAGUUCGAUGUAUCAUUUCCUACUCCUGUUCCUAGUUUAAAACUAACUUCCUUUUCGAACUGGCGGACGGCGCGUCCCAUACAGUUCGAUGUAUCAUUUUCUACUCCUGUUCCUAGUUUAAAACUAACUUCCUUUUCGAACUGCCGGACGGCGCGUCCCAUACAGUUCGAUGUAUCAUUUUCUACUCCUGUUCCUAGUUUAAAACUAACUUCCUUUUCGAACUGCCGGACGGCGCGUCCCAUACUUUUCGAUUUAACAUAUCCUACUCCUGUUUCUAGUCUAAAACUAACUUCCUUUUCGAACUGGCGGACGGCGCGUCCCAUACAUUUCGAUGUAACAUAUCCUACUCCUGUUUCUAGUCUAAAACUAACUUCCUUUUCGAACUGGCGGACGGCGCGUCCCAUACAGUUCGAUGUAACAUUUUCUACUCCUGUUUCUAGUCUAAAACUAACUUCCUUUUCGAACUGGCGGACGGCGCGUCCCAUACAGUUCGAUGUAACAUAUCCUACUCCUGUUUCUAGCCUAAAACUAACUUCUUUUUCGAACUGGCGGACGGCGCGUCCCAUACAGUUCGAUGUAACAUAUCCUACUGCUGUUUCUAGCCUAAAACUAACUUCUCUUUUUCGAACUGGCGGACGGCGCGUCCCAUACAGUUCGAGGUAACAUUUUCUACCCCUUUUCCUAGUUUAAAACUAACUUCUUUUUCGAACUGGCGGACGGCGCGUCCCAUACAGUUCGAUGUAACAUUCUACUCCUGCUCCUAGUUUAAAACUAACUUCUUUUUCGAACUGGCGGACGGCGCG